UGACAGUUUUCGUCAGACGGAAGUGAAGUACUGUCUGCCGAGCCGACAGGACGUCUACGGCCGCAGGACGUCACCAUGGUAUUGAAACAAUGUCAUUCAAGAAUAAAACCUUUUAUUUUCAAACACCCGGAAAAGAAAUGGUGUGAGCCUUGUGCUUUUAGUCGGGACUUAGUGAGUAGCUCUCUGCCGACCGUGUCGACCUUGACAGCCGUAAACGCAUCACCGUGUUCGGGUUGCGAGGAGUCGCGGACUCAAGGAGCAUCUGGACGAAGGAGCUUAUAUCUUUCUGCUGGAACACAUGUAUCUGUCAGAGAGCUGAGUACCUCCACCAGAACCUUCCAGUAUGACGUGAAAACAAACAAACUGAACUCUGAUGUUCGGAAACUGUUUUUCGACACCCAUGCGGUGGUUCGACUCCUUGAGGAAAAUGGUUUCACAACCAUGCAAGCUGAAGUGAUAGUGAAAGUGUUGGUGAAGAUGACCAACUCCAACAUGGAUAUCAUCUAUAACGACAUGGUGACAAAAGUGCAGCAGGAGAGAAUGUUGCAGCAUGUGAUGUCUCAGAUAGCUGCUGUGAGGAAAGACAUGAUCAUCCUCGAAAAGAGUGAGUUCUCUGCUCUGCUGGCGGAGAAUGAGAAACUCAAGAUCCAGUUGCUGCAGCUCAAGGUCCAACUUUCUGAUAUAAUAAAUAAAAUGCGCUCAGACAAUAUCUUGGACAUGAAUAUUGAGAAAAGCCGUGUAAAGGAACUGAAAGCCCAGCAUGAGAGGAAGCUCCUGGAAACACGAAGUGAAAUUAUGGAAAUGACUGCAGAGCAUGAUCGUCAUUUGACUCAGACCAACAUGAGAAUAGAUACUGAAGUGGCUGGUUUGAAAACCAUGUUAGAGUCUCAUAAACUAGACACUAUAAAAUACCUCGCAGGUUCAGUGUUCACUUGUCUCACCGUGGUCAUGGGUUUCUAUCGUAUUUGGAUGUGAACUGUUGUCAGUACACAGGAACAUGAGUAUUCCGCUGAAGGCUUCCUCAUGUCAGCUGAUGUUUUGACCUGCCACUCAGCACUAGUGCCGUCACGGGACAGCGCACCUUCCUUGAACCCUGACCUCACAUACAGUAGCUUUAGCCUGCCUGUAUCACCCACCCUCACCAAAACCAGUGGGCUGCAAUUAUGACUUUCAAAAGAAAUUUCGGUGUCUCCUCUGAAUAUGCAGAGCCCAAGUUCAGCCCAAGAACUAAGCGGCUGCAGUAGUAUGUGGAUUUUAACAUAUUAAAGACAUUUAGAUGUGUUUAGGUAUCUAAAUAAUGUUGACCUUAAUUGAUUUGGUUUUAUUUUGGAGUUAUUGCUCAUUUAGUGCAUGUUUUAAAAAUCAAAGUCAUUAAACUGGUUUACUUGAUUUACUUGUGAUUUCAAAUUACGGAACUAUAAUUAAUGCAAUUGAUGGUGUUAUAUUAGUAUAAAUAAUAGUCAAGCUCUGGCUGCUUCAAGGUGGAGAACAUUUUGCUUAGGCCCCACAAAGUAUGAGUAUGUCAACUUUUAGAGACCAACUCUCUGUCACAUCUGACCUGACUUUUUUGCAUUUCAUUGAUCAGAAUUUUUGUUUGCACUGAAAUCUCUGGAAUUGUGUUUUGUUUUUGUUUUUUUGACUGAGAGGUCAUAGGUGAGGAUGGAUGAUUCCACCAUGUUUCCAAUCUCUGUUGCUCACACAAACAGUCACACAGUAAAAUAAGUUAUUUUAACCUGCUGGAACAUUAAUGAUUAGGGGACCAUAUACACUUUUUAAAUACUGGAAAGUGCAAUUAAACCUUUUUACUUUUGUGUAAAUAUUUUUUAUGUUUAUAAUGUAGCUUAAAAUAUAGUAAGUAUAUUUAUAUAGCUCAUUAAAUUCAGGAGGAGUUGAGCCAAAGUGCUUUUCAAAAACAAAGGAUGAGAAAUGCAUAGGCCUGGAACUCAGAAGGAAUGCAACUAUACUAUAUUCAACUUGUAUGAAAUAGGAUUCUUGGACUGAUAUUACUUGAAUAAACUGAAUUGUCACUGAAUGUAAAUCUA